AGACCGGCAUGGACAUGAAGACGUGGUCAGUGCUAUUGGUGGUGAUUCUUCCUGUGGUGACCGCAGUAUGGAAGCCAUCUCAAGAAGAGAGAAGAGAAGGGUUAAGAAGGGGGGUACACUACCACACCAAGAGGCACAUGCUGCCAACUGGUGGUAGCGAGCCAAAGAAGCGACACACCACUCAGAAACCUCCGCAACUGAGGAAAAAGCCCUCAGGUCACUUAAAACCGCUGGACGAAGAAGACAUGGAAAACGACGAAGUCGUCUCAGUCGCCGUUGGUCCUCCGCCUCUCAGACCUAAAUACGACAAGAUCCAUUGGAAGCACUCACCAAAGCAGAAUACCACCGCACCUCCAGCCAACUCCUCAGCCACAGAUCUUGUUAGAAAUGUCUUAACGCAAUUGGGACGCGAGUUCUUGACGCACCAAGUGAGCGAGGAUUUUGUGUUUGGGCAAUACGUUGGGCAUGCAAUGAAGAAUCUUACCAACGAACAGAGGCUUAGCAUGCAGCAUGAAGUGCUGGAGCUGAUCGUGAAGUAUCAGAAACUGAAUCGAGGAGAAGUGAAGGUAGACGAUACAACGGAUAAAGUGGAGAAAAGCUUCGUUCCGAUGCUGAAGGAUAUGAAAACGGAGAAGAGAGCGGCGAUCAAUGAGACCGAUGACAACUGGCCAGACUUUUCGAAUCUGGCUAAGAUUGUAGGGUAGUGACAAUUUUGGUGUGAACGCUCAGUGAUUGAUUCAGAACAGACAUUAGAAAUAAGUUUUGUAGUUGUUUAGUCGGAUAUUUUACUAGCGAUUUUUUCUACUUAAUUUAUAAUUACGUUUUCUGUAAAUACGACUAGAAUUGUUACUUAUAAAGCAAGUCUAUCUUCUUUCUUUUGUAAAU